GCUCCGCAGCCAUGGGCAUCCGAGGCAUGCUGCGAGCCGCAGUGCUCCUGCUGCUCAUCAGGACCUGGCUCGCGGAGGGCAACUACCCGAGUCCCACCCCGAAAUUCCACUUCGAGUUCUCCUCCGCUGUGCCCGACGUCGUUCUGGACCUUUUCAACUGCAAAAAUUGUGCAAGUGAAGCUGUGGUUCAAAAGAUUCUGGACAGGGUGCUGUCAAGAUAUGAUGUUCGUCUGAGACCAAAUUUUGGAGGUGCCCCUGUGCCUGUGAGAAUAUCUGUCUAUGUCUCCAGCAUUGAACAGAUAUCAGAAACAAAUAUGGACUAUACAAUCACCAUGUUUUUUCAUCAGACCUGGAAAGAUUCACGCUUAGCAUACUAUGAGACCAACCUGAACCUGACCCUGGACUAUCGGAUGCAUGAGAAGUUGUGGGUCCCUGACUGCUACUUUGUGAACGGCAAGGAUGCUUACGUGCAUGAUGUGACUGUGGAAAAUCGCGUGUUUCAGCUUCACCCCGAUGGAACAGUGCGGUAUGGCAUCCGACUCACCACCACAGCAGCUUGUUCCCUGGAUCUGCAUAAAUUCCCUCUGGACAAGCAGGCCUGCAAGCUGGAGGUGGAAAGCUAUGGAUACACGGUUGAAGACAUCAUGUUAUUCUGGGAAGACAAUGGGAGUGCCAUCCACAUGACUGGGAAGCUGCAUAUCCCUCAGUUCGCUUUCCUGGGGAGGACGAUUACUAGCAAGGAGGUGUAUUUCUACACAGGUUCCUACAUGCGCCUGAUACUCAAGUUCCAGGUCCAGAGGGAAGUCAACAGCUACCUUGUGCAGGUCUAUUGGCCUACUGUCCUCACCACUAUUCUCUCCUGGAUAUCGUUUUGGAUGAACUAUGAUUCCUCUGCAGCAAGGGUGACAAUUGGUCUAACUUCGAUGCUCAUCCUGACCACCAUUGACUCUCAUCUGCGGGAUAAACUCCCCCACAUUUCCUAUAUCAAGGCCAUCGACAUCUAUAUCCUCGUGUGCUUGUUCUUCGUGUUCCUGUCUCUGCUGGAGUAUGUCUACAUCAACUAUCUUUUCUACAGCCGGGGACCUCAGCGCCAUCAUAGGCGACGCAGAAGGCCACGAAGAGUCAUUGCCCACUACCGGUACCAGGAAGUGGUGGUGGGAAACGUGCAGGAUGGCCUGAUUAUCGUGGAAGACGGAGUCAGCUCUCUUUCCACCACCCCAGCGCAGGCCCCCCUGGAAAGCCCGGAAAGCCUCGGUUCUUUGAUGUCCAUCUCCGGGCAGGCCCAGCUGGCCACCUCGGAAAGCCUCAGCCCACUCACUUCUCUCUUAGGCCAGGCCCAGCUGGCCACUGCAGAAAGCCUGAGCGAUCUCCCCUCCACCUCAGAGAGGGCCUUCCUCAGCUAUGGUGUUCGCUUAAAUGGUUUCCAGAAUGACGACAGUGUUAUUCCUACCGAAAUCCGCAACCGUGCUGAGGCCCAUGGCCGUGCUGAGACCCGUGACUCCGAAGACUCUGAUGGGAGCUUGAGCUCAGAUGAGAGCCAGGGCCGUGGCCCCAGUGGGUGGCCCAUGCUUCACCGUGGCCAGGGGUGUGUGCAAGAAGCAAACCGUGAGCUUGAUGAGAUCCAUAGUUUACAUGAUGACGUCAAUGUUGAGAGCAGCUGCCUUGGCCUUGAGGAGCAACUCAAGUGUGAUGCUGAUAGUAUCUGGAGCCUGGAUGAUGAUGAGCUCGUGGCCAGUGGCCCAGAGAAGGACAGUAGCUCAGAGUCUGAGGACAGUGCCCCCCCAAGCCCUGGGUGCGCCUUCGCUGAAGAGUUCUCCUUCGAUCUCUUUAACCCUGACUACGUCCCUAAGGUUGACAAAUGGUCCCGGUUCCUCUUCCCUCUCGCCUUUGGGUUGUUCAACAUUGCCUACUGGGUGUAUCAUAUCUAUUAGUCCACCAGUGGCCCCAGAACAGCAGGGACACUGUGCUCUGCUCCUUUAUAGUUUCUUUUGGUUUUAUUUUUCCCUCUCUCCUU